UUUUUGUGUCAAUCUUCGGUUUAAACCAGCAUCUGCAGUUCCUUCCUACAUAUCUCAGGUGUGAUACUGUUUGAAUUAAUUCAUUGUUUUGCAGCUCAGUGGACAAGUGACAGGAUGCUGGCUGCCACAGGCUCCUCUAUUCCAUUCCCCGGAACUGAUAAUAAAUUCAAAAACUUGCACUGGGACUUCUCGGUUUCUAACAGGAAUCUACACGUUAUGGGCAUGCAAGAAGGAAAUAUAAUCAUAUAUGAAAACUACAAGAAUCGAAUUAAAGUUGAUAGAUCAGAUGGAUCCUUUCAAUUAAAAGAUGUUGGUAAAGCAGACAAUGGCCACUAUAAAAUGACGGUGGACUUAGACCCACAGAGGACCAGAAUUCUAACUCUUGACGUCAUUGCUCAGUGGACAAGUGACAGGAUGCUGGCUGCCACAGGCUCCUCUAUUCCAUUCCCCGGAACUGAUAAGGAAUUUAAAAAUGUCCACUGGGACCUCUCGGUUUCCAACCAGAAUCAACACGUUCUGGACAUGCAAGAAGGAAAUAUCAUCAUAUAUGAAAACUACAAGAAUCGAAUUCAAGUUAACAGUUCAGAUGGAUCCUUUCAAUUAAAAGAUGUUGGUAAAGCAGACAGUGGCCGCUAUAAAAUGACGGUGGACUUAGACCAACCGAGGACCAGAUUUCUAACUCUUGAAGUCAUUGAUCCUCUCUCCACACCAUCCAUCUCCUGUGAAUACAACCCUGAGAACCACAUGGCUGUGCUGAACUGGACGGUGCAGAGAGGGAGAGCGACUUCCAUUCUGUGGAGCAGAGAAGGAGUUGUCCUCCCAGUGAGUCCAUGGCAGUCCCUGUCUGAUGGGAAUGUAACGUUUAUCAUUUGGAACGCAGAGAAAUCAGACUCUGGCAAUUACACGUGUAGCGUGGAAAACCAAGUCAGUCGAACCAACAUCACCUACCAGCUGGCCAUCGAGGAUCAUGAACCCAAUCCCAGAUCUCAGGAUGGAUUGUACCUGACCAUUAUCGUAGUGAUCACAGUGGUUCUCGUGUUUAUCUCUCUGUUGGUACUUGCUUGGACUGCCUUCCCCUCUACUCACUGGGACUACAACAUCAGGUACAUUGGAACAUCACCAUCUAUUCGUUCCACUCCAGUUCACGAAGUCCCAAUGUUGGUCCACGUCGAUAUACCUUCAGCACAGCUGGAAGAAGGCACUGGGACUGGAAGGCACAGCUUCACCUUGUGCAGCAGUUCAAGAUAUGGCAGAGUAAUAUAGGAGCGACUAUCCUCUCACCAAUAAAUUUGAAUAAUAAAAAUUAUAAU